AUGGAAGGUAUGGACAAUGAUUCCGGACACGAAGCCGAAAAUGAUAAUGGUAAUAAAAGGACAAUCAGGUUAUUUCUCAAAGAUGAUGAUGAUGAUGGUAAUACUUAUAUAGAAAAGAUUGUUAUCGGUGUCAAAAGUGGUGAUAAUUUUAAUGUUGAAACUGUUUUAAUGGAUACCGAUAACAAUGACUCUGAAGCUGAUGAUAUAACCAACACUAACAGAAAUUCAAACUUUCAAGAUGAAGAAG